AUAUGUGUACAUAAUCAUCACCACCAGAUUUGCUUUGACGAAAGUAAUAUAAAAAGAAAAGGAGUUGAGAAAUGUACAGAAGAAAUUGACCAACUUCCAACCGAAAACUACCUUCCAUCUGUGGCCAUUGAAGAAGCCUUGUUUCAGAAAAAAGUUAGUGUUUUUUCUCAAAUCCCGAAAUGUCGAGCUUGGAAGAACCCCUUGGUUUGGACAAAUUGCCAAGCCUAAGCACCAUUGAUCUUUCAAGAAGGUUUUCAUCUACACGUUGCAGCACUAGUGGAGAGGAGACUGGAUUUGGAUGUUGCUGGAUUGAAGGAAAGAAUUGGGGAUCAUCCAAUAGCUACAAGGAAGAUUUGAAAGAAUACAUGAGAGAAGCUUUCAUUUGGAGACACCAUACAAGAGAAAUCACACACAAUGAUAUCAUCUGGGAAAUCGAAGGAAGGAACCAUGAAACAAAUGGAAAUCGUUCUCAUUCGCGACAUAUACCAAAUCUUCAAAAUAGCUCAAUCUCCAAUGAUACAACCCCACGAGACAUGACAAAUAAGAUUUUUAGGGGCAUGCCAAAGUAUGUGAAGAUAGUGGAAGUUGGUCCAAGAGAUGGGUUACAAAAUGAGAAGAAUCUGGUACCUACAUCUGUGAAGAUAGAACUAAUUCAUAGGCUUCUUUCUUGUGGAUUAUCUGUUGUUGAAGCCACAAGCUUUGUUUCCCCCAAAUGGGUACCUCAGCUGGCAGAUGCAAAGGAGGUUGUUGAAGCAGUUAAACAUUUGGAAGGUGCAAGAUUGCCAGUAUUGACACCAAAUUUAAAAGGCUUUGAAGCUGCUAUUGCAGCCGGAGCAAAGGAAAUUGCGGUUUUUGCUUCGGCUUCUGAAUCCUUCUCAAAGGCAAACAUUAAUUGUACUAUUGAAGAAAGUCUUAUUCGUUACCGUGAUGUUAUUCAUACUGCAACAAAGCUCUCGAUUCCUGUUCGCGGGUACGUUUCAUGUGUGAUCGGGUGUCCAGUUGAAGGUGCGGUGAGCCCGUCAAAAGUUGCAUAUGUCGCGAAAAAACUUCAUGACAUGGGUUGCUCGGAAAUCUCACUUGGUGAUACAAUUGGGAUCGGUACACCAGGAACUGUGAUACCUAUGCUUGAAGCGGUCAUGGAGGUUGUCCCGAUUGAGAAGCUUGCGGUUCACUUUCACGAUACGUAUGGCCAAUCUCUUCCAAACAUUUUAGUAUCCCUCCAAAUGGGAAUAAGCAUAGUGGAUUCCUCCGUAGGUGGAUUAGGAGGGUGCCCAUAUGCCAAGGGAGCUUCGGGGAAUGUUGCCACAGAAGAUGUGGUAUAUAUGCUUAAUGGCCUUGGAAUAAAAACAAAUGUUGAUUUAACAAAGCUUUUGCAAACCGGGGACUUCAUUUGCAAGAAUUUGGGCCGCCCCUCGGGAUCAAAAGUUGCAGUCGCCGCUAAAAUAUAAAAUUAUCACGCCAUUAUGUGGUAAUAUAUAUUGGAAUAAUUAUAAAGAAAUGUAUGAAUCUAGUUCACUUUGAUAUGAAUUCAUGUAUAUGACAUUGCUGGUGGUAAGAUGCUUCUUGCCACUAGAUAUAUUUAUUUUUGGUUGUUUGUA